AUGGUCCGGACCUCCACCAACACCGCCAGCAAGCGCUCCUUCCUAGAGCGAAAGGGUCUUACUGCCGCGGAAAUUGACGAAGCCUUCCGUCGAGUACCUGAGGCACCUCCGGCCCCUGCACCUCCACCUGUGGCACCAGCUCCCGUCGCUCCGGCACCGGCACCUGCACCCGCCCCUGCACCCCAGCCCGCGCCAUAUGCCGCCCAGCCAACUUCGCAGCCGUAUGCGACGGCCGUGAACCCCGCUUCAACCCAGUUGGUCGCCGUGCAGCCGGGCGGAACCGCGGCGCUGUUACCUCAGGUUGCGCCAACCUACCGGUGGAGCCAGGUUGUACUCGGCGUGGGCGUGGUCUUCGCGGCUGGCUGGGCAGUGCACCAGCUGGUGCUGCCGCGCCUGCGUGCCCUGGUGGAGUCCUGGCAGGCGCAACGGCGCGAGGCGGAGGAGGCUCAGCGCAAGGAGCUUCACGCGGCGAUGACGAGUCUGAAGGGAUAUCAGGAGGAACUCAAGGCCUCGACGCAGGCACUUCUUGAGGCUGUCACCCUCAUGCGGGAGCAGCAGCGCGGUGGGGCCGUCGAUGGCCUCAUGCCGACCCGUGGACAGGCUGCUGGCAGGCUCGUCGGUGCGCCGCCACCAUCCAGGGACAACUACUACCAGAAUAUGCACGGCCGUGCCGACGUUCCUUACGGUGGCGGAUUGGGGACGGAUAACUUUGCCUCGCUGCGCGCUGCUGCGGGAUACACAAACGCGUACCCGCCUGACCCGCCAUCGUACACUAUGCCGUCAUACAACUAUGGUCGCGGUGACAGCGGCCCCGCCACUGCGGGUCCAACCGGCGGUGACGGUGGCCGAAGCGGAGCUGCAAUGUACGGCACGCCAUACGGCGCCAUCCGUAACGCUGCAGCCAAUCCAUACGGCGGUCCCGGCGUUGGCGCAGGACAACAGCAGCAGCAACAGGAGAAUCUGCCGUACAGGGUGACGGCGCCGCCGUCACCGGCACAUUCGACCCACUCUCUGCAGUCGGGUCGUCAGCAGCAGCAGCAGCCCAUGGGUGGUCUUAGCAGCGCGUCCGGACAGUACGGCAGCAGCGACCGUCUGUACGACCAGUCUGUACCCGGAGCGGGCCUGGGCCCCAAGCCUGCCGCUACACCCCAAGCCACUGGUGGCGGCGGCGGCUCCACCGGCGCCGACGGUCGUACUGUGCCGCGGCCCCCGCCGGAGCAACCUGUUUACCCGCAGUCCUUUCAUGAGGUGAUGGAGAUGGUGCAGCAGGGCAUCACACCGCCCAAUGUCCGGACGGAUAUCAACGACGCUCCACCCGAUCCAACACGGCCCUUCUCGGAGGCGCGCAUGUCGGCACCGCCCAAGCCCUGGGAGCGUGCGGCAGCGACUGCGAACCCCGGUAACAACGGCCCGUACGGUGUGACGUCAUCGUCAGUCAGGGCAAACGGAAUGCCGUACAGCUGGGGUCAAGGGUCCCAGAUGGACCCUUUGUCGAUAGCACCGUCGGCCUCGCUGCCGCUGCAGGCGGCCACAGCGGCUUAUGGUACACCUUCAUCGACAGCAGUGAGCAGCGGUUUGGCGGGAGCUACCGGCAGCAGCAGCACGGGCCGCGCCAGCAACAGCGGCGGCGCGUCCGGCAGCACCGGCCUAAGCGUACUGCCUCCCGCAAACCCAGCCUGGCGGCCACCGCCGCCACCUGUCCGAACUGUAGUGUCGCCAAAAUCGUCUUCUCCGCCAUCCGCGCCACCGGGCACCACGGGCGGAAGGGUAAGUGGCGAAGGCACGGGUGCCGGCGCAGGUCCUUCAUCUUCUGCCGUGCAUGCGGCGCUGGCCGCGGCAGCUGCUGACUCGGCCGCGGCCCUGGCGGGGCCGCCUUCACCGUCGCCUUCGCAGCCAGCAUUUGCCGCCGCAGCUGUUGAGCAGAUGAGCGCGGCCGAUGGCUUAUCAGCGGUGCCUUCCGUGGAUGUAGAUCCUGUUGCUGCGCCGCCGCCGCCGCCGCCUCUGCCUCCUGCCCCAGCGGCUAUCCAAGUGGCGGAGGGCCGUGUCGACCCUGCGCCCGCCGGUGAGGUGGCUACGCCUUCGGCUGCUUUCGGUGCACCAUCAAUUUCAACACCCUGA